GAGCGCAGGCGGCGGCCGGCGAGGUCCUGCCUCUACUUCGGGGAAAAUCGCCCGCCGCCCUCGCGAACGAAGCAAGGGCAUGGCGGGGCGCCCGGCAUGCGACGGCACGCAAUGGGGUUGGGCGGGGGCGGGCCUGCAGGCCGCGCGGCCCGCCUCGUGCUGCUUAUUGGCAAGCCCCCCAACUAUCCGGGGGGGGACGGGGCGGCAAGCGGGGCCCCCUCUUCCAGUAUGGUUGGCCCCGGAGGGCCGCUCGGGCCCUUCCUUAUUUUCAUCCUUGGCCGGGCAGGUGCUUCGGUCUAUCGCGGGCGCGCGGGGCCGCCGAGUCACAGACAAGGCACGCGGGCGCGCAGCCCCACCCCCGUCGGCCUAGCGCGUGGCACCGUGCCAGCCAGUCUAAUCAAUCGCGCGGACAGUGCGCACGCGCGCCGCCCCAAAGCAGUUAGUCGCCUGCCGCAGUUCGUUGCCCGCGGGCGCGCGCGCGCCGCCCUUUUCGCGGCAAGCACCAGCUCGUCGUCUGUCAUAGUCUGUCAGCACAUGGGAACGGAUUCCCUUUGAAGGGAAGCAGCGCGAGGCCGAGGUCGAGCCGCAACCACUAUUGUUACCU